AGGGCAAACCUUGACUCCUACACUGACCCACGUCUCCUCUGAAAUAUCAAGUUACUUGCCUUUUCCAUCAAAGCAAAAGCCCCGAAUGGAGAAAGACCGGGAUCUUACUGGGAAGAACAGCGGUGGAACAAAGAGAAGUGAAAACAAGCUGAACUGUGGAUUUUUCUGGCUGUGACCAAGCUGGCAGAAGACUGUCAGGCUCUCUGCGUACACUCUGCCUUCUGCCCGGAGGUUUCGCUUUAUCUCGCAACUAGAGAGAAAAGCUUCAGUGCUCUAAAGGGUGAUGAAGUGCACAUUUUUUAUGCAGCUUCCUCUGAAGAAAAGACGCUUUUUAUCUUGAUAAUCAUCUUUCACUUGUCAUGUUAAAUCAAUACUUUAUAGCUGCAAAGAAGCAUCGUGUGCAAAUCUUUUUUGCCUCUGGUUUCCAUUCACCAUCUUUCAAACUUUCCCUUUAACUGUUUCCUUUCCAUCUCUCCUUUCUUCACUCUCCAAUCCCGUUCUCUAACGUCUGGAUCAGCUUUCUUUCUUCCCUCUCUGGCACUAUUCCGUCCUUUUUCCUCAUACUUCUAUUUUCACAUACUCAUUUUCAUGGUUUCUUUCUCCAUGUCAGAUCAGCAGUUUUCCUUUCCUCUUCUUUUGAGUACAAACUACACCUGCUCAUGCAUACUGCAAACAGUCUUGUUUAACUGCGAUCCCUGCCUCCAUCUCUCACACGACUCGCUCUCUUUGCAUAUUCUCUGAUUUACCCCACAACAACCUCCUUUGUCCUGACACGAUGUACUCCUCAGAGGAGCAAUGGAACUCCACUGAGCAGGUGGGGGUCAACGGAUCAGAAUCAAACUCCUCAUAUGGAAGACAUGUGGACGAUGUUGAAGAGGAAGGAGAUCAACAUCCUUUUCUCACUGAUGCCUGGCUGGUGCCUCUGUUCUUCUGUCUCAUCAUGCUGGUCGGACUUUUGGGCAACUCUCUGGUUAUUUAUGUCAUUUCCAAACACAGACAGAUGAGGACAGCCACUAACUUCUACAUAGCGAAUCUGGCUGCCACAGACAUCAUCUUCUUAGUGUGCUGUGUUCCCUUCACCGCAACCCUCUAUCCACUACCUGGGUGGAUUUUUGGCAACUUCAUGUGCAAAUUCGUGGCCUUUCUGCAGCAGGUGACAGUGCAAGCCACCUGUAUUACCCUGACCGCAAUGAGUGGGGACCGCUGCUAUGUGACAGUCUACCCCCUGAAAUCCCUCCGCCACCGCACUCCAAAAGUUGCCAUGAUUGUCAGCAUCUGCAUUUGGAUCGGCUCCUUCAUCCUGUCCACUCCAAUUUUACUGUACCAACGUUUAGAGGAGGGUUACUGGUAUGGCCCAAGACAAUACUGCAUGGAGAGAUUUCCCUCUAAGACACAUGAGAGAGCAUUCAUUCUCUACCAGUUUAUUGCUGCUUACCUGCUGCCAGUGCUCACAAUCUCUUUUUGCUACACUCUGAUGGUAAAAAGAGUUGGCCAGCCCACCGUUGAACCUGUGGACAACAAUUAUCAGGUCAACCUUCUGUCUGAGAGAACAAUCAGCAUAAGGAGCAAAGUCUCCAAAAUGGUGGUGGUGAUUGUUCUCCUCUUUGCCAUCUGUUGGGGUCCAAUCCAGAUCUUUGUCCUUUUUCAAUCUUUUUAUCCAAAUUAUAGACAAAACUAUGCAACGUACAAGAUCAAGACAUGGGCCAACUGCAUGUCCUAUGCCAACUCCUCAGUCAACCCUAUAGUUUAUGGUUUCAUGGGAGCCAGUUUUCAGAAGUCUUUCAGGAAAACGUUUCCCUUCCUGUUUAAGCACAAAGUCAGGGAUAGCAGCAUGGCUUCACGGACUGCUAAUGCCGAGAUCAAGUUUGUUGCUGCUGAGGAAGGUGAUAACAAAAACGAAGCAAAUUAAUUCUGGCUUUGAAAGGAAGGAAUUAUUAAUCAUGUUGCCCUGAGCUCUGAGUAAGUGAUGAUUAUGAUGGAUGCUGCUAUAAGCUCAGAAUGUAGUCCACCCCCCAAAAAAAAAAAAUAUAUAUAUAUAUAUAUAUUUUGAAAUUGGACAAACUCCAUUUGGGACACUAUUUGUUUGUGGAAAUGUGAACACAACCCAAACUGCACUUUGAUAGAUGAUUUUACCAGAAUAAUUGCAUAUAU